UCUUGACUUCCGAUCGGGAACUGCGUUAUACAGAAGGGUUGGAAAUAACAAACAAAACUGGACAAAAAUCAUUUGUAGAGGCAUUAAAUAACAAUCCAAAACUCUGUGCCUAAAAUACAGCCUAACAAAUUAAUAUAAAAAAUGUUAGGAAUGGAGCUAUCCUCUAGUGUGGAUGGUGUGGUUGACAACAUUGGAAAUCUGCCUCUAGAUCUAUUUGCAGAAACACUUCAGGAAAUUCUUGUUCAUCUUCAGGAACAAAGAUUGGUAGAUUUCAUUGAAACCUGGGAUAAAUUUCAGAGAUCAGGGAUAAACCUCGAUCAACAAGCUGUUCAAGAUAUAGUAAGACUGAUGUCAUUUCAUUUUAGGUUAGCUGCUAAGAGCAAUCUCAGUGCAGAUGUCUUGAUCAGUAAACUGACUGAGAGCAGCAGGAAAUGGUCCAAACCAAUGCUUCAGCUAGUACAGCGGCUCUGGACUGAGCAUGGAGCUCUUCUACAUGCACAUCAGGAGAUGCUGAGCAUGGCUAGUAUUGGACAGCUUGUAGAUAUGCAGUGGAAACUUGGAAUGGCGGUAAGCUCAGAUAGCUGCCGAUCCCUUAACUCCCCCUUUAUCUCUGUUCUGCUGAAAUAUAUGGAUACGUCCGGGGAGAUGUCAUAUAAAUCCUUUGAGAUGACGGUUCAGCAGUUCCAGAACUUCUCCAGACAGUUCAAGGAAAUGUCCUCAGUUUUAGAGACUGUUUAAUAUAUUUCCUCCAUGUGUGUCACUCAAUAGACAUUCACGUUUCUGUACUUUUUAACAAUGCA